CUUUCAAACAAUUUGAUCAACUGAGGGACCACCAUUUCUAGGAAUAACACAGACUAUCUAACUUCUUAUCUUUUCUAAGCUGAAACCGAUAUUGAAAAUUGUACGAGUGGAGUUAAACAGUCUGGGUUACGCACUUUCGAAUUAUAUUUUCGUCCGGUUAUCAAGGUGCAAACCACUUAUUCUUCAGGAAUAUAAGAUCGAGAGAUUAAAGAAAGCUCACUAAAUCAAACUUUGAAUAUAUUAGGACCUAGGAGAUACUCCUACGGAUACUCUCAUCCAUACACUCAGUUUGAGAUAUAUUGGAUAUAUUAGACAUGCAACGUUUGUUAACCUACAUCCCUCAAAAUUUGAAGGUGGUGCUCAAAGACUCAAUGACGUUCCUGAAACCUUUGUCUAUUGGGUGUAUUCGUAUGUAUCCUGGUGACGAAUUGGGGCGAGGUGCAGGCAAGGGUGGUGGUACUGGUGGUUCUAUUCGGGAUGCUGGUGGGGCGUUCGGCAAAUUAGAAGCACGUAAUGAGGAAGAAUACUUCUAUAAAUUGCAACAACAACAGUUACAUGAAUUAAAGAAGCAUUUAGAAGAGGAACAUGAACGUGAAAAGAAGGAGAUCAAACGACUUGAAGAAUCACUCAAAAAACGGAAAAAAUUACUGGCUGAUCUUGAAAAGAAGCAUUAGUUGACAGGAUCGACCAUUUUUAUCGACUUGUAUUAGAUAUUAUAGACUGAAAUUCCAAUUAGCAUGAUAUGUAUCUGUGUAUAUGUAGAUUUUCACAUAUCCAACAGAUUUCUGUACUUGAAAGUCGAAUGAUGAUAAAUUACUGAAUAAUCUUUAAUACUUUUUUCUAUCUAUUCUAUCAGGUAUAAUUUCAGUCACCUUUAACUAAUCGGUUCGAUUAAUAAGUUGUAGUGUUACUUAUAUCAAAAGAAAAAGCAAAAAUGAUCCCUAUGCAAUCCCAGAAAAAACAAAGCACGAAAUUGCAAUCGAAAAAGUUAACAGCAUAAGUUCUCUGUAUCAUUCAAUCAUUUUCUAACCUAUUUCAUAAUAAAAUAAAAAGACAAGGAGGGAAACUUAUUCCGUCAGUCAGUCAGUAACAACGUAGAGCUUUGUACGUACGUACAUCAGUUCGAGUUGCCAUACCACAUUAGCACUGAGAUGCAGUUGUCAUAUUCAAAUCCAGUAGUGGUAGAGAUAGUAAGGGUAUAAGCAGUAAUCGGAAAGAUGAGAGUUUGAAGAUGUUGUUCAAGGAGUAGAAUCCAGUGAAAUAGAUUUGGAAAGAGAAAAAAAGGGACAUGGAGUAUUCAGAAGGUUAGAAUUUGUGAGAACACAAAGAGGAGAUGCACCUGCGCCAUUUUAAACGAUUUUGAGUCAUGUCAUUCAAUGUCUCUAACCAUCGAUUCCUUUGGUAUGCAGACCCUAAGAUUUCAAGUUUUUCGGCGUGUCAAAUCUAACACAACUUUUGUUGGUUAAUUCCUGUCAAGAUUUUAGAAAGUAUUUUAUUUCCAAAACAGAUAUCUAUUCUAUCUUUUUAUUCUUUGUUUUAAGGAUCAAUGUAUAGCAUAGAAUGACUAAAUCCCCUUGACAUGAUUGAUACAUUUACUUAUUUUUUCUAUCAAUUAAUGUUUAGGUUUCCAUAGAACAAUGAGAAGACGGAGUUGAUCUGAAAAAUGUGAUGUAUUUGCGCUAUACAUUUCGAACAAUCUGGUCACACACAUAUACUUGUCAAGGCAUUUUUAUAUGAAAAUUAAUAAAGGUUAAACAAAUAAAAGUACAAUUAAAAUAACUAAGGGGAGAGAAAGAAUAAGAAAUUGUCGUGUUAUCCUAAGCCAUAGAAUGACUUAAGGAUUACCAAGGUAAAUUCAAGGUUACGACAAAUUGUUUUUGUACACAUAAGGGGGGUUUAAAUUUACGAAUGGCCAAGGCUUCAAUAAACUUAAAAAUUCGACCUUGACAAUUUCUAUACGACGUUCUAAAAGCUGUAUUCAUGUUAAUUUUGUGCCCCGUCUCAAUUAUAUGUUUCGCUAUCGAUGAGGUUGGUUUUCUACCUCCUACAUUGAUCGGAUCAUUUGACACACACUGAUUUUGAAGCCAUCUAGGCACAUGUUCAUUGACCCUUGAUUGCAUUGUUCGAUUACUCCUCCCUAUAUAUGUGUAUCCACACAAAUAUGUAAAUUGGUAAAUACAAUGGGAUGUGAUGUAAUCAUUAGUGCAUUGUUUAGGUCUAUUAGGAAUCAUGGGCUUAGACUUUUCAAUCACAACCAGUUGAGCAGCAUAAUAGGUAUUCUCGAUGGCUGCUUUCAAUCUCUGCCUUAAAACUAUACUGUUAGAUUCGCCUCUAUAUGGUAGAUUGAUAUAAACCUUUUUCUUUGGCACUGAAUAAACUAGAGGUCUUGGCAUUAACUGACUUUUGCACCUAUUAAUAAACUUGAGUGGAUAACCAUUUGCUAUUAAAGUGUCAGUCAGUAACUUUUCAUCUUUUUCCACCAUAUCAGAGGUACAUAUUCUUCGAGUCCUCUUAAAGAGGCGCUUAACUAGACCUCUGUUGUAUUGCAAUGGACAGAAACUGUGGGAAUUUAAGUAUUGUCCCGUCCAAGUUGGUUUCCUAUACACGGACCGUCUAAUAGUGCUAUCAUCCUUUUGACUUAAAAGUAUGUCUAGAAAGGCUAAUUGGCCAUUACUUUCUGAUUCAUGUGUCAUCACAAUAUCGUUUUGAACACCAUUGAGUUUAUCCAGUAAUCGGUAAACAUCAAAAUCCUUAUCACAUAUAAUUAGGACAUCGUCCAUAUAUCUUCUAUAUAGAGUUGUCUCACUAAUGAGGUUGCUCGUCAUAUUUUCCACAUAUGACAUGAAUACCUCAGCUAAGAGAGGCCCUAAAUGGCUACCAAUAGCUACACCAUCAACUUGUCGAAAAUAUUCACCAUCAAACGUAAAUUGAACAUUAGCUGUACAUAAUAAAAGUAAUUCUUUCAAAAAUGGUAACGGAAUAGGAAAAAGGUGAAAGUUUUUAGAAAUCCACCGUCUUUGUUAACGGUACAUUCGUGAAGAGGAAUGUUUAGGUUGUAAACUAGUCUUUGUCAUUUAUUCGCCUGAAAUGAUUGGCAAUGGAGAAAGAAUAACAGUUUUCGGAUAUUGUGUCAUAUUGGUGUUUUCGAAAUAACUUCCCACCUUUGACGAAACUUUCUAUUAAGUAAAUGUAAUUAUACAUGCAGAAUUCUAAGUAAUAUAGAAUUCUGCGCGGUAGUUCGUUUUGUUCUACUUUAUGGCUGCGAAACGUGGUCAUUAAGUUUAGAAGAUACUCGUAAGCUACUAGUAUUUGAACGCAGAUGACUUAGAAAUAUUGCUCGCAUCUGCUGGAAUAGUGAUGUUAGACGCAGGGUAUUAGGGAAUGAUGCUAAAUCAGUUAAUGAGGUUGUGAAUCUUCAUCGACUGAGAUGGUUGGGUCACGUGUUACGUAUGCCUGAACAUCGAUUACCACGACGCUCAAUACUGACUAGCGUUGGGAAUGGUUGGAAGAAAGUUAGGGUCGGCCAAACUGAAACGUGGCAUCAGUGCGUGAAGUCAAUAACUUCUGGUCCGAGCCAUGUUAAUAGAUGCAGACUACUUGGUUGGGGUCCGGUGGGACUAUCGUAACCAAUGGUUGGAGACUCUUGGUGACAUGGCUCAGAAUCGACCACAAUGGCGUCGGUGUAUACAUCGUUUGUCCUCCCUUAAACUAUCGGAUUAAAAUUGCUUCAUAUCUUUCUUUCUACCGAUCCUUAUACACAAUCUUUCUUUUAUACAUUACUAUUGAAGUGACUACUUCUAUGAAUUCGGUGUUCAUCUUGUUGUGCUAAUGAGAUGUGGUAACUUGGACCGAUGCAUAUACCUGCUCUGUGCUACGUUGUAGCUGACUGACUGAGUAACAUAAGAAAACUAAUUUGUUAAUUAUAUUAAAAAACCAUUGAAAUUAUGGUGAUACGACUUAAUAUAACCACGAUGCGGAGAUGUAAUAAUAUGAGUAAAAUAACCUUAAUAUCAAUGAUUAGAUAAUGAAUCUUUAAAUUUCAUUGAGUAUAAUGUAAGAUAUACAUCUAAAUGAUGAAUGAGAACAGGUGUAAAACUCAAGUUUUGUUUUAGGUCAAUGUUUAAUUUAUCUAAAUGUUCACAGUUAGUUUAGUCAGUGAACCAUAUUUCUUAUAUAUGGUGCUUAGUGAUACAUCGGGACACACUUUUACUUUUUUUCUGUAAUUAAGGAUUAUGGACUGUAUUGCUGAUUAAUAAUAAGCCUUAGUUCAAAUAACCAAAAUAAAAUGAGUUAAACUUCACCAUAUUACACAAGUUAGUGGCUAUUUGGACUCAGUAGCUAAGUUGAUGGCUAAUAAGAGAUUGAUCAAUUGCAGUCCUAAGCUCCAAUGGAAAGAUUCAAACAACCAAUACAUGAUAAGCCUUAAUGUCAAGUAAUUUUGAGUAGUUUAUUUAGAAACUAAGCGAAGAUAAUGAACUUGUUAGGUGUUACAUUGAUCCAUUUAACCUUAAGUCUGGGUUAAAAAAGUCAUAAUAGAGAGGAGGGGAGACUAUGCGUAUUGUCCCGAUGAAGGUAACUGGGUCAUAUUUUAGGGUAUAUAUUGAUUUUCACUUUGUACAUCCCACUUAAUGUAGCGAUUUUUAGUGGCAAGACAACGGGAUUGAAUUUUCAUAGUAUUUAUAAUUUGUGUAGAGGAUUUGUUGAAAUUAUAGAAUUUUCACAGUUCAAACCGCGAACACAUCUUAAGUAUACAACCAUUAGAAACCUGAAAGCACUGGAAAGCCAUUUCGUCCUAUUAUGGAACUUCUCAGUGACAGUGAACAUCGAAAAUCCUGCAUCAUGAACUUUCCCCAGUAUGAGACUUCUGAAAAAGUACUCAUGAUCCCAUCAAAAGUCGGAUUCAUGACCAUAUCUUCGGCAAAUAUUUGGUUUGCGAACUAAUAAGUCGGCGUAUAAUUUUCUACGUGUCUACGAUAAAUUUGUGAUAUUGUGCAACCAUCUUCUGAUGCUUUUCUCGAGUGACUGUUGUUCAUUCGACUUGUUUAAACUCUGUUGAUGACAGCUUAAUACUAGAACCUCGGGGAUUCUCGAAUCUAGUCACUUGUAGUCACAUAAUUAUUAUUUAGUAUAAAUGGUUUGGUAGAGAUUGUUGAAUUUGAAGGUUAACAUCAUGAAUUGACUAUUAAAAACUAGGAAGCAUUGCUAUGGAAUCCCACACAGGAACUAAGUAUCUGUCUUGUGUCCACUGGUUUACUAGCUAUGAUCAUUCCGUGAUGUAAAACAUAAAAUUUAACAAUAUCCACAAAUCCCCCAUAACGAAUACCAUAUAGAUGUGUGGAUGGAUACUUGUGCCUAUGUGAUUAAGCAAUUCCUCAGAUUAAAAUUUUCAAUAGUCACUAAAGAAAACAGCUGUUACGAACUCAUUCAUAAAUGAACAAACAAUAACCAGUUUUCUUAGGGCAAUCUCUGAUACAAGUAGAAAGAAUCAUAACAAUACUACUGUAAAUUGUUUUGCUUAAUUUAUUGUCCAAAAGUAUGUGAUUAAACUGACUGAAAUUUAUUGCAUACAAUGUAUUUUAAUAGAUAGACUUUGUCUUUUCAUUAUCACUACUACUGUAUAAUGCAUGUGAGAUGUUUUCGGUUGUUCGUUCAUUUAUAUAUUUAUUGUGUUAAGGACUUAUGUAGAACGUUGACUUAAUGAUUUGGACGAUGACUGAAUCUAUUUGUCUAUAUGCAUUGAUAUAAGCGAAGAUGUCAUAGCGUUUGACCGCUAAUUGAUGUCCAUGAAGACAACGACGAUGGGGGUGUUCACUUUGUCCAGCGCAGUGCUUUUCGCAAUUGAAAUAGUCUAUUUUUUAGAUACUAUGGACACACGUUCGACUGUUUAGAUGUUGCAUAUGUGUUUAGAUCAUGCAUAAAGGAAAUAUUAAAAACAUCUGAGAAUUUUCAGAGGCUUGGCACUCAUUUUAAUCACCAACCAAACAAACAAACAUCGAAACUGAUCCAAUCUACCAACCAAUCGGAAAAGUCAUGGACAAAUAUAGGACUAAUAAUCAGAUCAAAUGGAGAUUCCAUACAAAUAGAGAGGUAAAUAAUGACAGGUUAAAGGUCAACAAUAACCAAUGAAGAUCGAGGUCGACAGGAAAAGCCGUGAAUCAUAUGUGGUGGAAUUCGAAUACUUCACUUUUACCUGAUGAUUUUCCGGAGCACAUCUGAGCUGCAAAUCUUCACCAUCUCAAAGUACACCUGGACAUAAGCACUGUUUCAGGGAAGGUUGAUGUUCAACUCUUCCUAGUAUUUUCUAUUAUAUAUUUCUUUAUUGUCUUCGACCUGAAAGAUCAGUCCACUGAUUUCAUUGGACGUAGGGCAGAAAUUUUUCAGCGUACGUUCCUUGUGCUGACCCACACGCGUACGUUUUGCAUAUAUCUAUCUACAUAAACCACUCAAGCCAAAACUCAUGCAAUUCAUAUGCAUAAGCAUACACAUCGGUUAGCCGGCCAGAUUUCUGGAGAACCCUGAGAACGGAACCCAGUUAAUUCCGUUUACAACAGAGUGGUGGAUUAGUCCGAUCACCGCCAACUGGCCAAGUUAGCUAGUACGGUUGCCCCUACUAACCAGCAGCAUCGCGGGGAGGCUUUACAUCGGAUUUCGCUGACAAGAUCUUAGUAGCAUUUAUUAUACGAAGGUUAGUCAUGAUACUCAGCUAAAUUAAUAGAAAGAGAAAGAACAAUUUCGUCGGUUUGGUUCACUGUUUACUGUUACAUCCCAGGAGUAUCCAAUGUUAACCAGGAAAAUUGGCUCCGUAACUGUAACUGCAUAACCAACUGUUAUAUUUGAAGAGCCGUCGCUCUUAUGUACGUAUCAACCCUAUUGAGUUUACAGCCUAACUGCUUUUACUUGAAAAUCGGGAACCACUGCAACUCCUCAAUCCUACUGGUUAUACAGGAGAAUGACGAUCAUUACAAUUCCCACGACGCAAUCAUUUAUGUGUCAAAUUUUACACAUACCGCAUAAUAAGAAAUACUAUGAGAUACAUAGGAUUACUGUGAAGAACACUAAAUAUAGUUUACCUGAAUUAAUAUACGAAACAAAAUUGUCACAUUGAACGAGAGUUCACAUUUGUCAUAUAGAAGAAAGUUUAUGCCAUAUAGAUGCCAGAAAAUAAUGACCUAAAUAAUGUUAUCAUGUCAUAUCAUUUAUAAUUUCAAUAAAGCACGGAUUUUGUAGGCAUACAACAUAUUAUGAAUUCUCGUGAUUCCGUUAUCUCUUCUGCUACAUGACUGACUAAUUACUGUUAUAGUUAUUGUUGCAAUUCGCUUAAAUUUUUCAUCUUCAAGUUGAACUUCAGGGGAUGUAACCAUGUAUUUUCUGAGUCCAGUAUGAUGCAGAAAAACGGGUGCCUGUUUAGCGCGUUUUCAAACAUCUGAACAUAUAUUGUAGAAUGGGUGCCAGUUUCCUAUCGAGCCUCUCUAAUAUUAGUCGAUGGAAAUGUAAUCUAUUUAUAUCCGCCAUUAAACUGGUUUUGUGAGUCGUCAUGGUAAACACUGAAGUUUCCUUCACCUUGGUCUGGCUUACCUACUUUGUCAUUAAAAUCGGUUGCCAUAGUUACUGAUUUCAAGGGUUUAGGCUUUCAAAGAAUGUAAGUAAACUUUCUACAAAAUUCAUCUUUUUCUUUAAUGGGAGCGUAGGCAGAUAUGUCGAAGCGAUAGUCCCGUGUUCCUUUUUUUUGUCCUCACAGUAGUUAUUUAUCAGGCGAUACAGGAGCACUACGUCAGUUCUGGAGGGCCUGUCCUGGCUUAGAACUUAAUUCCAUAAUUAAGCCAGCGAACUCACGAGAAGUAGGAGUCAAGUUUCCAGAUAAGCAAAGUGUAAAUCGCACUGGUCCUCCACAGUUGGACUCUGUAUGUGAGUGCCGGAGAUGUAGCAAAUGUCAACGGCACGGCUCCUAACUAAUAAAGCCUAUUGUGUAGUUUACAACACGUUUCAAACACUAAACACCUCAACGUGUAGAUUUGGACGUGGUUUCAAGAAACAACACUUCCUGAAUUUAUAUCGUUUGCAUUGUUGGCACAUCGAGAAAAAUACGGUACUAUCGGACAACAGAGAUAGGUUGGAUGAAUUUGAUCGUCAACAAGAUUACCGUAAGUGUUGCAGGAUUGUAGUUAUCACUUCCCCGUUGCCCAGACAGAAGUUUCAUUUUCAGUUAGUUGCCUGUAAAAGAAACUGAAUUAGUUAUGAUUUUACCAACUUUGAAGCGUGACCACUAGGGUUUUUUGUAUGUAGUUUCCUAUGAGUUAACUUUUAAAGCGUUACUCCCAAGGAUGCGAAUCUGUGCGACUAGAUGAGGUGUGCUUUUUUGGGAUUUAAUCUUGUCAACCAAUUCAUUCCCUUUGUUAGAGUCUUACACUACUUCAGAUGCUAGUUUUUGGAGAGGAAAACAUUUUAUUCAUACUUAACUACAGUCAGCAGUAUAACUUCGCUUUCAGAUCUUAAGUUGUUUCGUUUAGUGUUAUCUAUCCGCCCAUGACCUUCCUAUUACAGGGUAUAGGGUUCGGAUAGGUUGUCGUUUUUGAUAACUCUGACCACCUUAUCUAGGUAACAGCUACUGUCUGAUGUUGUUGAUUUAACCAAUCUAAUUAAAGAACUUGUUUAUUAACUUACAGUUUUUUUAUAUGUUUAUAGCACAAUACAAAUUAUGUUUGAAGGAUCAGAGCCUGGUUGUGGAGCAGGAAAGGGAGGUGGUCCCGGUGGUUCAAUUCGUGAAGCUGGUGGUUCACUAGGUAAAAGGGAAGCCACUUUAGAAGAUGAAUACUUCCGACGUUUGGAUAAACAAAACAUCGAAGCACUCAAAGAUAAACUGAAUAAGAAAUCUGUUGUGGAGAAUCAAUCUUCGAAGGAAUCUAACAUUUAAACGAUGGAUAAUAACAAUAAUAAUCUGUUUUACCAUUUUUUUUAAUGCUUUUAAUAAUGUGUUAUACGCAUAGUUUCAUUAUGCAUUGACUAUUCUAUUUUUAAAACAACAAAUAUAUCCUCUUUUUGCUUGUAAAAAUCAAUGUUGUGCUUUACAAUUGAUUCUUCUAUGUCAUGUGUGGAUCUAGAUAUCUCAGUGGUAACAUUUCUGACCAUGAAAUUGGUUGAAACGGGAUCGAAUCCGCCGGGGAGCACCAGUUCCACCAAGAUUACAGGUUUACCUUGCUGACGAGUGCCAAGUAGCACAAAACCCGGGUCCAGGGUUUUCUAUCGACUAUCUCCAACCACUAUCUAAUCUCAAUGUUGUGCUUUAUUUUAAUCCAUUGAUCUAGUCACUUAUAAUCAACUUAGAACCUAAUACAAAUUAGCGUUGGCUCAAAUUACUAUGCCAGAUCAACAUGACGAUUUGCAGUCGAAUCCAAAUAUUAUAGAUAGCAUUGAUAAUGAAAGAAAAUAUAUAUUGAGAAUACAGCUUGAAAAGAUAGUGUUGGAAGGUAUAUACGAAGAAACACUGAAAUUCAAGACCGAAUAGAGGAUAAAGAGUCAAUGUAUUUGUGUAAUGUUGAUAGAUUCUGAACCAAUAUUACCUAAAGUCUCAAAUCAAUGAUGACGGUUAUUACGCUGAUCUCAACUAGGUAUUCUACAUCUGCCAAUAUGACUUAGACCAACUGUCAAUAACUAACUGCCUUAACCACCUCAGGUGAUGAUUUAUUACCUGAUCGAUCGAUUUUCUUUUAUUAACUAGUAGCUCAACAUUUCUCAACCGGUCGUCUCACGAUAAACAAAUAGUUCUUCGAAGUACCUAUGACAAAAACUUGGGGUCUACAUAUGUGUUCUACUUCCAACAACUGUGUUUCAUACCCAGGAUUAUGUAGAGAGACCUUAAAAACAAAACGUCUCACUUUAUUGCUUGGAUUUCUGUUGCUAACUGUACAUGACAGACCGCAGGCGGUUUUCCUUUUAGCAAUGUGAUCACUAUACCAGUUUGUCAAGACCAUCUCCGACCUAGUUUCAUUUUCAAGCAUCUCAAUAUCAUUUGUUACUUCAAAGCGUAUUCGAACGACAGUUAACAACUGCGUCACACCUCUAACAGUACUUGAGAUCACUUCGUUCACAAUAAAAACUUAUCCGUUGAUCUAAUUGUUAUUCUCCUGUUGUCAUUGAUCGCUUCUUUUAAAAAUAUAUUUGAUUGAUUAUGUAAAAACUGGUUAGAUUAGUGGAUUCAUACGUCUUGUAAAUUUACUAGCGAUAAAGGUUAAUGUUUUACAAUAUAUGCAAUCAUAGUGUUUAUCUUUGAAUCUCACAAAUAUAGACAAAAUUCUAUGUUUAUGAUCUAUGGAAUAAAAAUCUAGUACAAUUAGGCACCAAAAAUAGACUAGACUGCACAGAACAAGUUUGUGUGUAGGCUGGGAUACGGCAAAAUGGCCUAAACUGAAGCAAGUAGAAUGUUAGGAGGCAACUCAUCUAGGCUUUGAUCUAAAGGUCUAAUUAAAAAAGAGAAUGGAACAAUGUUAAGGGAUGCUCUAACCGGUAGCCAAAUAUAGGCCCAUACACCAUUCGUUUUCUAGGGCCCUUGGAGCGCAUGUACACUGUUCGUCAGGAAUCAAGAUUUUCAAAAUUCCUAAUCAAAGUUCUCUAUAUUCACCAACUCGUUUUCAUCAUCAGACGUUCGCUUUUCAUUCCCUUACUUUCGUAAACAACGCCUCUAUGAAAGAAAAUUAGUGAGUAGAACUUCAUUAACAGAGGUUAAGAACGCAUGGUCGCAUAUGGACACUUUGGGAGGGAGAGCGGACCUUCCCAAGCCUCGUGUGCACUAAGGCUACGAUUAGGAUUUACAAAUAAAAGCUGUGGUUAAGAAUUCAUGUUAAAAUUUUCAUCACGAACUUACGUCAUCUAUAAUGUCGAGAUUUCAUUUAACCAUAUGGAUGAGUGAAUUUCGCGCAAAAAUCCAGGACUUACUAUCUGUAAAUUCAUUAAUUAUUCCAUAAAUUAUAGUCUGCCAGAUUUCGUUAUGGAUCAAUUUGUAGAUAGAUUUAAUAACAUCAAAAUUUCGUACUAACUUAUGAAGGGGAAAAUAUUGACCAUUUGUCCCUUCUAAACAAACUUUUAAUCGAAAGGAAGAUCGGGUUAAAAAAGACAACCAAUUUACAGGAAGUUCACAUGGACUGGUCAAUAUCUAACCUACAAUUUUUGUCUACUGAAAUACAGGUGAGGUUUGAUAAGAAGCCUCCUGAAAAUAUUUCAAAGAAUCUACAUUACAAAUACUAUUGAAGAUCUAAAACUGCUGACUAAAAAAAAUUGAUAUCGAACAGAUAUCUGUUGAAGUUCAUAUAUCAGUUUAAAAGUGAAUGAAAAUUGGAACUCUUUAUUAAGUUCUGUUUCAAGGAAAAACAUUUACAUUACUGUAAAAAACACAUUAAAAUUAGGUGAUGUGAUCAGGAAAACAAGAAGCCCUGACAAACUACGAAAGCUAUUUUUGUCCCUAAUCUAUUCUACAGAACAUAAGCUUUCGUUCGAUGCAUGAUUCAUUGCCAUACCAUUUUCUGUUCCGAAGCUAUUGUAAUUUAAACAUAAUAUUUUGCACCCUAUUUUCUACGCUAAUUCCCGGCUUUGGACAUAAUUGUGUCUUUCCUAAUUAUUGUACGUUGUGGUCGGGUUAGUCAACCUAUUUAUUCAUGUACCUUUUUUACACUAAUCCGAAAAUCAGGAUAUCGGGAAUAGAUCGAGUAGUGUUUCAGUUAUCUUGUCUUCUUUCAUCCGCGUGCUUGUCAGCCAAUCAGGUGAUAGAACAGUUUUCUUCUCUCUACCCCACUUCGAACUCACGCGUACUAGCCUCAAGUUAGGUCGGUCAACCUAUCGCGCCAAGGUCUUAAUCUGGAUUAGAUAAGUAUCCUCAGCACCAAAAGUGGAUGGACAGCCCAAGGACAUAAAAAUAGGGAAUAAAAAAUCAUUUUCCACGUUAGUAACACACAUAGUUGUAACAGAUCAUAAGAUUGAUUUUAAAACACCUUAAAAAAUUGUUGUGUAGAUACUGUUAAAGACAUACAGUUUUGGGGAUUAGAAACUCUUUUGUGUAAAUAUAAACAAUUUGUUUUAACCUUGAAUCUGCCCAAUGGGUUGCCAUUGAUUUUCAUUAACAAGUAUCUGUAACCAGAUUGGUUAGAAAUCGAUUACAGAUCAACUCCGUUUUCCCAUUACAUGAAGUAAAUCUAUAUAAAGGGACUAGUUGUUUUAUGCUGGGUUCUCUAAAUAAGUUAUUAAUGAACCAGUUGUUAGCCAAUUACUUUAACCAAAUUUGAACUAUUAUUAUGUGAAACGAUCGCUCAUCUUUUAUCAAAUUGUGCUAUGAAAUGUAAGUUUCCCCCUAUAGAGAAUAUAAAUAACGCAGGAGUUCAAUGUGUUUUAAACGAUGACAAUGGGAUGUCUUUGAAUACAAUCGAUAUCUGUAAGUAACUACUAUUCGAUCACAUAGUGGAAUCAGGUGUAGGAUACUAAUUAGACAUUAGAAACGUUCUAUAAGGCUGUGAAUCUUCGUAAACAGAAAUAGUUGACAGAUGUGUCACACAUACUCAGCCACUGUCUCCGUGACGAGGGAUCGUGGUUCACGUCGGAUUGGAAAGAAUUAGAAAAGCUCAACCCAAAAUAUAAGACCAAAACAAAAAGUUACCUACUUACGCCUGUCUCUCUCAAUGGAACAUGAGCCGCCACAUCAGAAGAUAUACACUUAUUGGUUGGAAUUAAUGCAAUAAUCGCGAUGUAUGGUUAAAGACUUCUAGAAUUGAUUAGUGGCACGGACACAGCCCUAAAAUGCCCUGGUACGACUGAGAGUCAGCUCUCUCGCUCUCCGAAUGAUCUCACAUGCCCACGUGAAUACAACGACUGACAGGGUAGUCCUACUCACUGCCUUCUCUCACCACGGGUG